AUGGACAUAUGGUGUGGCACGCCAAUGCAAGAGGAGGACAUGCUCUUCAUAGCGGCCUCUGGGGAGGGGGCCUCCUUCUCCUCUGACAUGCAGGUGGGUGAGACUCAUGCUGAGGAAGAACCUUGCUUCGAGGUGGCCUCGGAAGGCGCGGAUAAGCUUGGCCUGGCAGGGUUCCCCCCGGUAGACUCCACCAUCGUGGCCGUGGUUAAGGCCCCGUCGGUAGGUGGAUUGGCGAGGGACUCGAUGUGGCCGAACACUCAGUGUAGGGUGACGAACCACCAUAUACAGCAGGGCACAGGAGACACGGUCACCCUGAGCUGUGUGGUUGAGGGGGGCUCUGGAGGCUGGAGAUAUCUCUGGUACAAAGACAGGCAGGGAGCUCCAGUGAACCAAACUUACAGCAGCAGUGGAACUGGAGCUGGAUACACAAUCAGUGCUGCUGCUCUGUCCCACAGUGGAGAGUACUGGUGUCGAGCUGGACGGGGCAGGAACACGUCUUACUCACAAUACAGCCAUCCCAUCUGGGUAAAUGUAACUGCUCUGUUCUCCAGGGUGACUCUGACAGCAUCUCCAGGAGCCACAGUGAAGGAGGGAGAGGCUCUUAACCUGACCUGUGAGGCAGCAGUGAACAAAACCCCCCGCCCUCAACUCCACUACACCAUUGUGAGAGACGGGGAGCCUGUGACUAACAGCACUGACUCUGCACUGUACAGCAUAGCCAGCACUGAGAAGAGCCACACUGGGAGCUACACGUGUGCUGUGGAGUCACAGGGAGUGAAGAAGAGCAGCCAGGAGCUACACAUUGAAGUGGAAACGUCCUGGCACAGCGCUGCUGCUGCUGCUGGCUUCAGUGUCGGCUUCUUUGUGAUUCUUCUCAUUGUGUUCACUCUGCUUCUCCUCUAUCACAAGAUCAGAGGUUUCCCGUGUAUCACCGGUGGUAAGAGGAGGGAACGCUCGGAUCAGAACCAGGACCAAGCAGCAGGGGGAGUAGAGCUCUCCAGCCAAGCACAGCAACCUGAUUCUGAAGACAUCGUUUACAGUGAGAUUGACACCAGCAAACACAACAAUACAAAGAAAGCAAAACCUGCAGAGACUGACACUGUGUACUCAGCUGUGAAAAUAAGUGCAGGCAAACCCACUGCAGAUAAUGCAGAGUCCAUGUAUGCCACAGUCCUCCCAAAGAAGAAAAGGAAGUAAAUGAAGUGGGUCUCCAGGAGUGAGAGCCAGCCUGAAUCCAGAGACACUGAGAAGGGGAGCGUGUCAAACUGAAGGAGACAGACCCAUUCUUUCAGAAUGAACUGGAGAGCCCUGGGAUUCAGCUCCACUCCUGCCCUUGAAUUGGAAAUGAAUCUCACUCAUCAUGCUGUGAGGAUUUAGGACAGAGUACUCAGAAUGUUUUCCUGGGUGUGGCAGCAAUGUGUGCUUCAUCUAACUAGAAUGACCUCUAAGCUAUUGCACCAGUGCAGACACACGCUGAAACUGCCUUAGGAAUUUUUUAAUUGUUAGUUUUAUUUCAAGUGGAGCAAAUACUGUUUUUGUUUUGAAUUAAUUAGUAGUAAUUCAUCUGCUUUGCUGAGAAACUCCAAGCUUCUUGUUGUAUACUGGAGUCCUGCUUCAGUGCAAUGGGAUUGAAGUACAAUUUCUAUCAGUGUGUGAUUGCUGUAUGACAGUCCCACAAUGACAGAGCUAUAUACUGUAAAACAAAAGCAAUUCACUCAUUUUCCAUUCAUGCCAAAACAUCUCCAAAAUUACUAUAACACUGUAGUUUAUACAGUAUAUGUGUACUUUAUGGACACAAACAUUAGUCAUUGUAAAUAUUUCCUGGAAUUCCUUUGCUAGUGUAUCAUGAUGUAAGCCCUGGAGUGUGGGCUCAGUCUUCUCUGCUGUCUGCUUGUUCUCAGUGUGUGAGUUCAGCUGCAUUUCCAGUGUCCUGAGCUGGGCUUUGAACCCACAUGUAGUAUUGCUUUGAUUGUUUUUUUCAUGAAUUUAUUAAGAAUAGAAUCUCUUUGCAUUGUGUUGCAAUGCAGACAUUUUCAGUUUACAUAUUAAAAAGCACAGCUAAGUCUAUUAGCAACAGACAACAUAUAAAUAGCCACUGCCACUAAAAUAGAAUGUUUAAUGCUUAAUAGAUUUUUGUAUCAAUUGCAUUCUAUAAAAAAGUGUAUAUCAUGCUAUUAAACGAUAACAACUUAACACAUUUCACUAUUCAGAAGCCAAAAAUAAACUUUGCAUAGAUUUUA